CGUGUGGACCAUGACCGCUGCGCGCUGCUGACAGAUCUCUCUCUCUCUCUCUCUCUCUCACACACACACACACACACCAUCUGCUGUACAGUCGCGCUUCACUUUCACCUGAUCCGUGCGGAUAUUAACACGCGUUCACCUGGAUUUCAUCACCUGUGCGCCGCGUCUCGGAGGCAGAAUGCGGCGCGCUUUGGUAGACACGGGGAACUACCACAGUUAGUUCGGAUCCGGAUCUGCGUCUCCGGGAUCCCGAUGUCUUCGUCUGAGCCGCUGCUGCUGGUUUUCUCUCUCGUUGCAGACGCGGCAGCAUCACGGUUCCGCGCGUCGCGUUGCGCACGGCGCGUCACUUGGACACUCUGGACACUUCUGCGCACGCUUCAUUGGGAUCUAGCGGAUAACAUGUUGUGAGUGGACCCGGAAUCGUGGUAGUUUGUGGAUAACGCACGGAUUUUAUCCUUUGGAUGUUUCCCGAUUUACUGACAAUUUGGCUUUUCUGAAGCUCCGGUCUGUAUGGACCCCAUUUAAGCUUCCCCCGAAGGAACUGAGUCUAAAAUGAAGUUAUGGGACAUUCUAGCCACGUGUUUGUUGCUCCUGAGCUCCGUGUCAUCACGCCCCGUCUUCCACAAGCUGCAGCCACCCAAAAGAGACCCCGCUCUGGACCCCGUCGUCGACUCCCAGCCUGAAACCGCGCGCCAAAAACGAGCCUCCGUGGAGGAGCAAUAUGACGUGAACGGUCUUUAUCCGGAGCAGUUCGAGAGCGUGAUGGACUUCAUCGAAGCCACCAUCGGCCGACUGCGCAGGUCCUCCGACUUCGACGCAGACUCGCAAACCAAGCGGGACCGGGGCCGCCAGAAAGGAGCAGCGAACGCCGAGCGGAGCGGCCGGGGCCGAGCGGAGCGCAAGAGGAGCCGCGGGCGAGGCCGCAAGGACAGCCGAGACGACAGGGUCAAAGGUCAAGGCCGCGGGUGUCUGCUGAAGGAGAUCCACCUCAACGUCACAGACCUGGGCUUGGGCUACAGGACCAAAGAGGAGCUGAUCUUCCGCUACUGCAGCGGCCCGUGUUUCGACGCCGAGACCAACUACGACAAGAUCCUCAACAACCUCACCCACAACAAGAAGCUGGACAAAGAGACGCCGUCUCGGACUUGCUGCCGGCCCGUCGCCUUCGACGACGACAUCUCGUUUCUGGACGACAGCUUGGAAUACCACACUCUGAAGAAGCACUCGGCCAGGAAGUGCGCUUGCGUUUGACGCGCGCUCCACCCCAUGAUCCUCUUAGUAUCUUCAGCAGCUUUCCUAGCGCGAGCAUCUCCACGUUCUUGAAUCCAGGUGCGUUUACUUGACAAGUAAAGUGAUUUUAGCGAGUCUUGUUUAUACUGUAUAUAUAUAUAUAUAUACUGAUAAUGCUGUAUGCAAUAAUAGAUUAUUCUGUUAGAUUUAUUCUUUUUAUAGUGUAUUAAGUCUAUAUAUUAAUAUACAUAAAAAAAAAAAAAUACCUGGCAAAAAUAUUUUCAUUUCAAAUCGUAAACAAGAUUAUUUUUC